AUGAAUUGCACUCAUCAUAUUCGAAAUUAUGUAUCAAUAAUAUGUAUAGCUCCCCACAAGUGUUCACAUCAAAGGAAAUUAUGUGUUGAUUGUUUAUAUGAACAUGAGGUAGAAAAAAAACAAACAGUUUCAGAUGUUCAGAAAAUGGUUGUGUCGAAAUUAAAAUCAUCAAGACUUAACGAUUCAUCUGAAUUAACUAUGCGAAGAAAGAAUUUUAAAGAAAUGCUUUAUGCAACUAAAAAUAAGUUAAAAUUAAUUUGGAAGGAGUUAGCAGAAUCAAUAAACCAGUUAUAGGAUUUGCUUGAGAUGGAAGAUAAAUUCUAUAUGAAUUUCAUUAAAAAAAAUGAUAAUCCUACAGAAUUGUCAAAUACUGACUUAGAAAAAUUAGUAUAAAUAAUAAUUGGAAAACAUUUGUUGACAGGAAUAAUUAGAAAGAAUCUUAUUUGA